CCCGCUGUGCGCAGUAGCCUCGCGAGAGCGGCUCGUGAGGGCAGUAGCGGAAGCUCUGCCGGACACUCCUACUGAGGAGGAAGAAGCUUCGGAGGGGGGAAGAAGAGGGGGCCGCUCGGAGCGGAACCCUGGCGGGCUUGCGGGCGGAUUGGCCCUCGCUGACUCCCCCUGCCUAUGCGAAAGACGGAGCCAGAAGUUGAGCAGGAAGGGCAGCACGGACGAGAGGGAAGGCUGGACCGGGAGCCCCCGGAGAAGCUUCAGGGAGAACUCCGUUCCUAUCUGCCCUCAUCAUCAUUGCUGUCCACGAGCAUGGAAGCCGUCGCCAAAUACGAUUUCAAAGCCACCGCAGACGAUGAGCUCAGCUUCAAACGGGGGGAUAUCCUUAAGGUUUUGAACGAAGAAUGUGAUCAAAAUUGGUACAAGGCGGAACUCAAUGGCAAAGAUGGCUUCAUUCCCAAAAAUUAUAUUGAAAUGAAACCACAUCCGUGGUUUUUUGGGAAGAUCCCCCGAGCAAAGGCUGAGGAGAUGUUGGGCAAACAGAGACAUGAUGGUGCCUUCCUCAUAAGAGAGAGUGAAAGCGCUCCCGGGGACUUUUCUCUCUCUGUCAAAUUUGGAAAUGAUGUGCAACACUUCAAGGUGCUUCGAGAUGGGGCUGGCAAGUAUUUCCUCUGGGUGGUAAAGUUCAAUUCUCUGAAUGAGUUGGUAGACUAUCACAGAUCGACCUCUGUCUCCAGGAAUCAGCAGAUAUUUCUUCGAGACAUUGAGCAGGUGCCUCAGCAACCCACAUAUGUCCAGGCUCUCUUUGAUUUUGACCCUCAAGAGGAAGGUGAGCUGGGCUUUCGCCGUGGAGACUUUAUCCGGGUCCUUGACAAUUCUGAUCCCAACUGGUGGAAGGGAGCCUGCCACGACCAAACAGGCAUGUUUCCACGCAACUACGUGACCCCAGUGAACCGGAACAUCUAGAGCAAAUUAUUAAAGAUUAUUUAAGGAAACAGGAGAAACAGUACACAUUCAGAAUCUAAGUGCAGCCAGUGAUCUCCAGUCAUCAGGCCAUAAAUCUGAGUCACCUCUCUGCCGGAGAGGGAAUGCUUUUUCCCCCCCCACUCAGUAUGGAACUUUGUGGGGAGGGGACAGGAGAAGGGUCCAACUUGUGCGCCAAAACUUACCUUUUAAAUUAAAUAGAUAUUAACAGAUUUCUUUGGUUACUUCCGGGUGGCCCCUUUUGUUCGCUUGUCCUUUCUCCCCCAACGCUGACACACCAGUUCAUCAGUGCAUGAAGUUUUAAUGCUAUAUGAAGUCCAUGCCAUGCCAUUCAAGGAAGAUAAGAGGGAGAAGCUCUGCUGGUGUUUGCUACUUAUGCAAACGGCCUUCAUGAAGGGACCGAGAAAGGAACCAAAUCCACUACCCAGUUUAAAAGCAAAACACACACAUGCCAUAUGCCAACUUUACUUUUGCCUUCAGUAUUUUGCCUGGGUAAGAUAGGGUCUUAAUUCCUCCUACAUACCCACCCAUCUGAAAACCCAGUUGCUUCAGAGCAAAGGGAAGAAGGUGGGGCGUUUACCCCCACAGGUUGCAGGUUGUCGUGACAAAUUCUCUGCUACAGCUAGAUCAUGCUCUCGUUAACCAUGACAGCUUUUAAAAUUUGUUUAAGUGUGUGGUUGAGCACAUUCUUCUAUUUUUCCAUUAGUGCCUUUCCCUCAUUUCCUUAUUCUUUUUUAAGUUAAAAGGACAGUCCAGAGCUUUCAGAUUUUUUUCUGCUUUUAUGUAAAUAUUUAAGGGGUUGAAUGGGAGGGAUGUAGCUUUAUUAUUAAAUACAAAGCCUUCCAUAAACCAGAUGGAGCUUUAAAAUGUGUAUAAGCAUCUGAUAUUCUUUAUUAAAGGUAAAGGUACCCCUGACCAUUAGGUCCAGUCGCGGACGACUCUGGGGUUGCGGCGCUCAUCUCGCUCUAUAGGCCGAGGGAGCCGGUGUUUGUCCGCAGGCAGCUUCCGGGUCAUGUGGCCAACAUGACUAAGCCGCUUCUGGCAAACCAGAGCAGCACACGGAAACGCUGUUUACCUUCCCACCGGAGCGCUACCUAUUUAUCUACUUGCACUUUGAUGUGCUUUUGAACUGCUAGGUGGGCAGGAGCUGGGUUCGAGCAACAGGAGCUCACCCCGUCGCGGGGAUUCGAACUGCCGACCUGCUGAUCGGCAAGCCCUAGGUAGGCUCAGUGGUUUAGACCACAGUGCCACCCGCAUCCCUUUAUUCUUUAUUACUAGGUGGGAAAAGACAUAAAGUGUUCUACAAGAGGCAGGGCUAGAACCUGCAGCCAGGGGCCCUUGAGAGAAAAGAGAGAUUGCACCAUUAUGAAGAAUGUGGCAUGUUAUAUGACGCUGCCGUCUGGUGGAGACUGAAUAUUCUGGGAUGUCCUGUGAAACUCAUUUCCCCCAAAAAAUAUUACAGGGAGGCAUCAAGAAAUUGUGCUUAAUUACACAUUGGGUGCUUUCCAAGUAUAUAAUUAAAGAUGAUGCUUGGUGAUAAGCAGUUCAGUUCCUAUAUAUAUAUAUAUAUAUAUAUAUAUAUAUAUAUAUAUAUAUAUAUAUGAGAAUGACUGGAUCUCGAUUAGAGUUGGUGACUUGUUCUCGAAAAGAGGGAUCUGGUAUCUUUAUGCUUCAGAUUUUCCCUGUCUCCACAUGCCAGUGUUACCAUAGUUGGAGGAGUCGCGUUUCUUCCAACUCACAGCAGCAGGCUGUUGGGGGUUGUAUUUCAAUCUUAUGUCCCCAGAUAAAAUUCACUAAAGCCAUUCAUAGUUUUAUGAAUGGACUUGGACAGGGAAGAGCAACCUGCAGAGCUCUUUGUGCCAAUACACACCUUAUUUCCUUUUGCUGAGCCACAUGGCUGAAACUUUCAUCCCAACAACAACAGAUCCCAAAGCUACCACAGAUAUCUUCUUUUCCGCCCAAAUGGGGAAAAUUCCUGUGUUGGCAGGUGCCUUUUUAUACUAAGUGUUACAAGUGUGUUAUUCCUGAGAUGGACUCUGCCUUACACUUCCAUUUCUCCCAGCAGAUGAAAAAAAGGCUACCCUGUAGCGUAUUGAUUUCUCACCCAUUCCUUGCUAGCUGACUUUCUUUCCCUCUCCCCCAUACUUUCUUCUUUCUAAAAUGAUUGGAAAAGGAAUCUAUGGCAUCUACACUUGGACCAUUUGAUUGUUUUCUUAUUUUGGAAUUGGUGUAUAUCAUGCAGCCUUGCAGACAUAAUGUCUUGUGUGUAUAUAUAUAUUAAAAAAAAUCAGUGUUUAAAUAAAAAAAGGCCUAUGUACUUAAUCCUUUAACUCAGCAGCAGCAUUUGGUAGUUAGUAAUUAACUGUGAAUAAUAAAUAUACAACAAAUUCUUCACUUGAA